UUGAGUAAAGCCAACUCAUCUGUGUUUGGAUUUGAUGCAAUGCGAGUGGAAGUUAACAAUAUUUGACAGUUUGUUGUGCUAUAUACAUGGUAGUUAGCUCUUUCUGUUACAGAAAUGGAUUUAGUUUAUUUAUUAUUGGGCAUUAUAGCCGUUAUAAGAAAUGUAGAAGGAAUAAUGUGGAAAAUGGAACCAAAUACACAAAAAUGUUUGAGAGAAGAAAUCCAGUCUGACGUUCUUGUGACGGGGGAUUAUGAAGUAUCUCCAGCUCCAGGGCAGAAAGUGGAUUAUAUAGUUAGAGAUUCAAAAGGUCAUAUUCUGUCACAGAAGGAGGAUAUAUCGAAAGGGAAAUUUUCGUUUGUGACUGAAACGUACGAUAAAUUUGAAAUAUGUUUCACAUCACGUGUGCCACCCAAUCAGAGGGGUGUAGUCCAAGAAGUUUCUCUUAUUACCAAAAGAGGUGUUGAGGCCAGAAAUUAUGAAGGUAUUGGAGAAGCAGCUAAACUCAAACCUCUAGAGGUAGAAUUAAAGCGCCUUGAAGAUUUAUCUGAUGCUAUUGUUAAAGACUUCUCUCUUAUGAGGAAGCGGGAAGAAGAAAUGAGAGAUACAAAUGAAUCAACAAAUAGCCGAGUCCUGUACUUCAGCAUUUUCAGUAUGUGCUGUCUUUUGGGUUUGGCGACAUGGCAGGUUUUGUACCUACGAAGAUUUUUCAAAGCCAAGAAACUUAUUGAAUAAUUGUCGUCAUUGGUGAUUUGGUGUAAAUUAACCAUAGUGGCUUUGCAAUCCUCAUGUCUGCUGUUUCUCACUACAGCAGGUGAAGAACUCUGGCAGCACAUGAACUUGAGUUGUUUGUGAAUUUGAUGUGACACGUCAUCCAUGUGAGUUGAAUUGCAUUGGACUGUGUGACUUCUUUUAAUUGUUUGUUUCGUUUCACUGUGUUGUGCGGAUGAAUUGUAUGAUUGCAUUGUCACAAGUUGUUACUUACUCGACUGUAAAUGUAUUUGACAAAACAUUCUUCAGAACUUGUGAACCUCAUUAUCUGUGCUGUCUUAAAAGCUGUUUUGUACAAAAGAACUGAAAUUUACAAUAUUUGUUACAGUGCACAUUUUCUUAAAAUGUUUGUAACAUGCUGUAAAUUAUUAAAAAAUAUUUAUUUAAGAUAUUUCGAUUUUCUCCAUCCUGGAGGUUUAUGCACAGUAGUAUGAACAUAAGUUAUGUACAGUAAUUGCUUUGCUGAAGAGACUUUUAGUAACGAGACUGAUUAGUUAAAAAAUGAGCACAUGCAUUUGAUGUCAGAGAUCAGAAGUAAGCCAGCUUAUGUAAAAGUAGAGUGGCAGAUUAUGUCAGGUUACUAUAUUUGAAUUGUGCCUUGGAUGAAGAAACUACUGAAGAACAAGAGAGGUGUUAUGCAUUUACUGUUAAAACCAUUUGCAUUUCAGGAAAUCGGGCUAGGCACUAUGUCUUCCCAUACAUAUCUCAUGACCGUGCGAGGUGGCGCAGUGGUUAGACACUGGACUCGUAUUCGGGAGGACGACGGUUCAAUCCCGCGUCCAGCCAUCCUGAUUUAGGUUUUCCGUGAUUUCCCUAAAUCGCUCCAGGCAAAUGCCGGGAUGGUUCCUUUCAAAGGGCACGGCCGACUUCCUUCCCCGUCCUUCCCUAAUCCGAUGAGACCGAUGACCUCGCUGUCUGGUCUCCUUCCCCAAAACAACCAACCAACAUAUCUCAUGAAAUGACCAGCUGGCAAAAUGAAGAAAUUUGAUCUUAUACAAAGGCUUAGCAAUAGUCUUGCUCCAUGUGCACCAUUUGUGAAUUGAACAUGAAGGCAGACUAUUUAGUUGCACAGUGUAUUGUCAUCCACUUUCUGUGGGACACCUUGUGGUGUAUAAAUGUAAAUAAAGUUGAUCUUUCUGAAUUA